GGUUUGACAAAGCAAAUGAGUGAGUGAGUCUUUGACAUGAAGACAGUGGUUAGAUUCUGCCAUUGGGACUGCUCUGAUGUUGUUUCCAUUCUCUCCUGGUUAUGACCAUAGAGCCUUGUCCCAGUCUCUAGACCUGCCUGUCUGUGUGAUGGAUGACCACCUGACCUCUGAAGCUGUCAAUGAGAUGGAGCAGAGCAAUUCUACCAGGAGCAGAGCAACCUCAGUGAUGGAAACCACAGAAGAGGGGAAGCUCAACAAUGUGGAACAUCUGACACUUAUGGACUUCCUUCAAAACCUAACUGAGAAGCAAUGGAGGGGGAUUCGUGAGGGCAUGUUUGACCCGCUGACAAAACAACAGCUUGCCGGCUUGUGUCUGAGGAUUGUCCAGUUUUUAUCAGACAAGCUGAUGCAGAUCAUCAUCCCAGGUCUUUACGAACUACUGGGCAUCCAAGAUGCUGCCUCCUCUCCAUUGUCACAGAGAUCUCUCACAGCGUCACUCACCAGUCUGUUAGACGAUAAGACUAACACCAAGUCCCGCGUGAGAUUUACUGAGGCUGGUGUACCUAAGAGGCCAGGCAGUCGAAAGUCGUACAAUAGCUUUCGCAUCCCGACUCCCUACCCUUCCUCCAACUGUAUGGAUCAGGAAGAGGAAGAAGAGCAGGAAUCACAACUUAAGUCCAAGGAGAUUUACCUGACUAAGGGCAGUGGAAGCUACCUGCCCAAGGGGGCCAUGAGGUAUGUUCUUAAAGGGAAAUUUAACAACUUCAUAUUCAUCUAGACAAUCUGGACCCUUUCUUUCUAAAAUUAUCUGCCGAAAUUGUUGCCACCCCUAU